CCCCUACCACACUUAUUGCACACACACAAAGUUAAAAAGUCUCCUUCACCUUGUGAACGAUAGUUUAUUGUGUGCGACUCUUUUCAGUGGCUCCCUUACAUCUGGCUCCUUCUCCCCUUGUAAAUCCCAACGGGUGUAAUACUAGCUGAGCGCGGCCUUUUUAUAGCAAAAGCACACACGCGUCUCAUUUACCACCAGCUGACUUUGGACGCUGUAUUAAAAAUAAUAGAACGUGCUUUCCCAAGGGCAAAGAAUUGAAAAUGUCCAGUGCUGACUGUAUUCCUGAUCACCCCGCCAGCUCCGGCUUGGUGAAGAGAUUAAAGUCUGCCCUGGAAGUCGGGGAUGAGAACACGGUGCUGGAUUUGAUCUGUACGGAGCUUAAGCACAUGAACGCCACCAUAGAACUAUCAAAUGAUGACUGGAUGAAGGAGCCAGACGCCCCGCUGCACCCUUUAUACUACACAGCCCUAGUCACGGGAGACCUGCGAAACCUCCAGGUCGUGACUGAUAGAUACUACGAAGACGUCAAUGUGAUUUUUGAGAUCAGCCAAAACGAGCUGGAAUGGCAGGUGAAAAGCCAGGCGUCCUAUGGACUGUCAGGCCUGUGGUCCCUAGAGUACAAGAGGGAACUGACCACCCCACUGUGCAUCACUGCCAGACACGGCCACGCUGCUUGCCUCCGUCACCUGCUGUUCUGGCGGGCAGACCCCAACGUGGCUCCGGGAGGCCGGAGCGCUCUGCACGAGGCCUGUGAGGGGGGCCACACAGACUGCGUGGAGCUCCUCCUGGAGCACAAAGCCAACCCCAACCUCCUGAGCGACGAUGGCUUGGCCCCACUGCACCUGUGCACCGACCAGAACACGUUGGGAUGUGCCAAGCUCCUGGUGAAGUACGGCGCGAUGGUCGAGCUGCCGAGCGAAGCGAGCCAGGAGACCCCACUUCACACAGCAGCGAGGCACGGCCUCUACGAGCACGCGCUCCUGUACUUGAGGUACGGCGCAAGCGUGGACAGGAAGAACAGCCAGGACGAAACGCCACUCAGCCUGGCUUGCGGGCAGGCCCAGGCACCGGCGGAGCAAGGCGACUACCUGCGGGUGUGCCGGCUGCUGGUUAUGUACGGUGCCGAAGUGAAUGCCGCUGACGAAGAGGAGAAGAGCCCGCUCCAUAAGGCCUGCAAGAACGCCAACCUCGGCUUGGUCCAGUUUCUGCUGCAGAAUAAAACCGACGUGAAUGCCAUCGAUUACAACGGAGCCUCCCCCAUGUCCUGCGUCCUACAGGCCGCAGCCUUCAAGCAGCAACAGAGGCCGCAUCUCACAGUGCAGACGCUUAUGGCCUUUGGGAAGGUGCUGAGGUCUUGUGCAUCUGUGCCCGAGAUCAUCGAAAUCCUCUUCAACUCCUACUCUCAAGUGCCCAUCUCUGAGCAGUGGCUGGGGGCUAUUCCAGAGGAAAUAUUUCAGAUGCACCUGCCCUUUUAUGAAUCCUUUUUCAUGCUCUCCUGCACUCCUCGGAGUCUGCAACAUUUGUGCCGUUGCACCAUUCGGAAAAAGUUUGGCGGCAAAUGCCACUACCUGAUCCCCUUAUUACCCGUGCCCAAACCCCUCCAAAACUACCUGCUGUUGGAACCCGAAGGAAUACUGCUCUGAAGGCCUGUCCUUCCAUUCUAACUGCUCCUCAGCACUCUUGACAAUAGCUUUUGUUUGUGCCUUAAAAGUUAAGAAUCUGUCAUGUCCGUUACAAAUGUUUUCAGGGAUUUACGCUGCAAUUUUCAAAGUUGCUUUCAGUUGAAAUAUUGUAUAGAAUUUUUUUAAGCACAUUACAUAUUAAGGUUACACUGAUCAAUUGUCUAGAUUGACGGGGGUUAACAAAUGAGUAAUAGCAGUUAUAAGCCUAUUACAGACAUGAGUAGCAUGUGUUAUAAAAUCUUAAUUGAAGUCAAUGAGAUGACACACAUGCAUAACAGCCUAGUGAUCAAUGGCUCGAUGUCAGGUUGGCGGUCGGUUUCUAGUGGAGUGCCCCAAGGAUCGGUUCUAGGGC